AUGAAGUCUGUUGUAGCAACUGCCAGGAAAAGUGUCCAUUUCCAUGAUAGCCUGGACAAAUACCUGACAGUGAAGAUGGAGGCCAUGGACGAAAACAACAUCGAUUAUCAUACACCGAUAUUGAAAAGGAAAGACGGCCUUGCCAUGGCAGACAAGUCAUAUGGCCCACAUAGCCGACGCCACACUGAGGCUGCUGUGCAGCCUAAAACAAUGAUAUGUAAGGGAAUGUCAGUGAAGUUCCAAAGGGCACAGCUGAUGGGUUACGACUCACCAGAGGAGUAUGAGAAGCGUGAGGUGCUCCAUUACGCACCUGAUGCAAAUGGGAGUGUUGGCAAAUACAUGCUACCCGAAAAUGAGGUGAGGAGGGCAGUUGCCAAAGCUGCGCUCACCAUGGCACGACCUAGGAAACGCAAGGCAGACUUACCAGACUCACCGGAAGGGAAUACAGUCAGAGACAGUAAGAUAGAGUCUCCAUCUCCCAAGCGAGUUAGGAAGAAGUCCAAAGCCACCCACAUGCGUGCUCCAGCAAAGGCCAAGCCUCCUCGCAUGGUUCCUGGGAACAACAGUCAGGGUGAUGACGUGGUAUCGGGGACACCGGAUAAUGACUCACCUGUAUCCAGCGGGUCAUUGUCACCGAUACUCCCUUCAAGGAUAGAGCCACUCGACUUGUUGAAGCCGAAGGCCACUCACACGCAUGCUUUAGCAAAGGCCAAGCCCCCUCGCAUGAGGCCCGGGAACAGCAGUCAGGUGGACAGAGCCAGACUGCCACAGAAUGAGGUGACAGGAGCACAGGAGGAUGAGGUGGUACCAGAGACAGUGUCACCGAGUAACAGCUCACCUUUAUCAAGCAGCAAAACGGUUCCAGAAUCGCAUACCUCAAUGGUUAUCCCUCCUAUUGGGUUGAUUCAUCCAACCCCCAACAGCACUCCAGCUAGAGGGCAAUCGAUGUCAGGAUCAAAUAAUAAUGGGAUUACGUAUCUCACUGUGAACGAAGGGCCAACACCCUGGGCACGCUCGGAGACACCAUCUUCCACAACAAGCACGGGUGCGGUUCAUUCGGAGGCGCUAUUGAAAGGAAAUGUCAAAUGCUUGGUGGAGAUCGACAUCAUUAAACUGCCCAUCGACAAGAAGGUACCACCUCCUGAAACCUUGGACACAGCUCAGCACUGGGAAAUCGUUAGGGACGUUGGAGAUGAGCUUCGUGGUAAAGGUGCCGAUGUAGGAAGACUUGCCAGGGCCAUGGCAAAAUUGCUUGAUACCGACGAAGUUAGUGACAAGAAAGAUGAGGUUUUGAACAUGUGGAUCCAGAUGUUGCCUGGUUGA